AGAAUUAACCUAAUUAAAUCAAUCACACACUUCCACAUUAUUACUGAAAAAAAUUCGGUGAACAAAUCUGAUGUGCCUAACAUUACUUAAAUAAUUAGGUUCAUUAUACUAUACAGGAUUUUUAACCAAAAAUGGUCUUUGAGAUUGACAUAACUCCUUAAUUUGAUCCCUGAUAUUAAAAAUUGAUGGGAGUGGUUUCUGGGUUUAUCCACCGUAAAUCAUUUUGGUCAUUCCGUAAAAAAUAUGGCAACGCUAUUGUUAAAUUAUCACGUGAGCUAUCACGUAACCAUCUUUUUAAUGAUAUUUUUGUCAAACCAACCACUUUUAGCCAAAAUAGUCUCUGAGAUUAAACAAAAUGCAUCACUUUGGUCCCUAACAAUGGAAAUGAAUAGAAGUGGUCUCUGAGUUUGUUCAUGUAAAUCAUUUUUGUUCUUCCGUGAAAAUUUUGUCAAUAUCCUCGUUAAAUUGUCAUGUGACGAGGAUAUUGACAUAUUUUGCUAAUAAAACUAUUUAAUUUUGUUUCUUCCGUGGAAAAUUUUGUCACUACCCUCGUUACGUUGAGGGUUUAGUUUGACAAAAAUACCUUAAAAACAUGGUAACGCAAUCGCUCACGGGACAAAUUUUUGAUUAAUUACAUUUACAUUUAAAUUUAAAUUGGGGGGAUCAUUGGUUAUAGCAUUCUGGAAUAUGGCUGGAAGUGCUUUAAACCCUUGAAAAAACCACGAGCGAAACCCAAUAAAAACUCUUUUGCUACCACCACCAACGACUCUCUCUGCACUUUUUGGUUUUCUCUUGGAUGGCUACCACCAGGUCCGCCGCCGCCGCCGCCGCUCUCGGCGCCUCCAGUUCAGGUACUGCUGGUGAAAAGGAUACUUUACCGGUCGAGUCUACCAAUGGAGCUGCUCCUUUUCCAGGCUUAGAGACAAAACAGGAACAAACAGAUCAAUGUAAAAGCUCGAGCGGAUGCCGUGUGGGAGCAAAUGAAUAAAGGAGUAUCUAAUAAGCAAUUCAAGGAUUUAUUAAACAAGUCUUCUUCAUCUGUGAAUAAAACUCCAAAGAAGUCAUCUAAUAAUUGGUUGGGAUAUCUGGGCCUAGCACAAAAGAAGGCAGAGUCCCCAAAAGAAGAUGCAUUACGGAAGAGAUCAAGUGUCUCGCCGAACAGCUCCGGUGACAAUGGUGUGCAGGAUAAAUCUAAUGACGAGGCCAGGAGGCUUGUUGCUGCUGCUUUUGUAGAAGUUAAGGAUGCUGCAGUUGCAACAUCUGGCAGAGGGAAAGUUGAGAUCACGGAGGUUCGGGAUUUUGCUGGUCAAGAAAUUGAAUAUAAGAAGCGUGUCGAUGCUGAUUCAAAGGAAACAUCCGAAAGGGUGAAAGCUCCUGCACCUUCAGGUGUCGAUGCUUUCCUCGAACAGAUUAAGAAGAAGCCAAAGCUCAGUGUGCUUGACAAAACGAAAAAGGACUGGGGGGGGGUGUUUAAAGAAGAGAAAGGGUUGGAGGGAGAGUUGGAAUCUUACAAGAAGAGUUCAAACCAAUAUUUAGACAAGGUAAACUUCUUGCAGCGAGCAGAUUUCCGAGAGUUUGAACGGGAGAGGGAUGCACGGCUGGCCGUGCAGGCCAAAAGGAAGCCAGAUAUGCGGGAGGAUCCAUAACUGCAAAAGAUUUAGGGUUGCGUCCGAUUGACAUUUUCAAAUUUCCCAACUGGGAAUUUUCGCGGGAGGAUGGGCAGCUGCUGCAAUUUUUACGGGGUAUUGUGCAUUUGCUUGAGGUUUUUUCAACAUUUCCUGGAUUUUCAAGGAGAGGAGAGAAUGGCCGUUAAUUGUAAACUAGCGAAAUGUUUUGAUCUUAAUCCGAUUUUUCGGGUGAGAUUGUAGGUCUCGAUUCUUAGAUGAGGAACUUGCAGCGUCAGGUGAUGGGAAUAAUGAGUGAGUUCAAUUCUUUCCCUUCAUUUGUCGAAAUAACAUAUGUCAACUAACGGUUCAUCUCAUAAGUUCUAACUGGACUAUUCAUCAUGUUGCUAGUUUCACUGAGUACUGCAUUAGGCCACAAAUCAGGACAAAACACAUACAAAUCAGCUGCCGAUUGCAAACACAGGCGUAACCAAGUUGGCUAAGAUAGCGGAGUUCCCUCUAUGAACCUAAGUUUUAAUCUCCAUCCGCGUAGUUUGAAUCGAAACCUGACCUAUC